AUGGCAGCAUCUUUUUUUCUGCCACCACCUAUGGCUUUAGUAUGUUUGUCUUCAAUAUUUGUUCAAAGUUGUUGGUAUUUAAAAUGGCGAGCCCCGUACAACGUGUGUGCUAAAAUCAGGCUGUGUACGUUUACAGAGACUGAUAAGAUGUCAGAUUUAACACAGACUCAGUUUGAGUCCAGCGAUGAUGAACUGCCGGAGGAGGUCGCCUUCGACGCGUCCAAACAAGCGGCGCUGAAGAGCGUCAAAGAUGCGCUCGUGUCGGCCAAAAGAGAAAAGAACUUGUUGAAGGAGAAGCGAAGAAAGAGGCAGCAGCUGUUUCAAGAGCAAAAGAAGAGAAAGCGACUUCCUGAAGACCUUCUGGAGGAAUUUGAUACAGAAACUCAAAAGCAGACUGAAGUUACGGAUAACAACAAAGAUGAGGAAGAGACGAACACGUCAGAGACGAUCUCUAAGAGUUUACCAGAAAACUACACAGUAAUAAGACUGAAGGAUGAAUCUGCUUCCAAUUCACUGCAACAAAGCGCUGUGGACUUCAUUCAGUCUCGCUUUUACGGACCAAGAACCCACAGAACCACCAAUGCAGAGCUUCUGUCCCUCAAUAAGAAGAGGGGUGCCAACAAAGGUGCCGCUGUGCAGUUUGCAAAUAAAAAAUGGGCUGUUGACGUGAAAGCAAAUGUUGCAAAGACCAACAAAAGGUUUAUGCAUAAAGAGAAACUGAUUCCUACUUGAGAUCUGAAGCAGGAGAAAGGAGUGCUGAAUUAGGAGUUCAACAGAUGAGGAGGACUGUUGGCUUUCAUCCAGCUGUUUCUGACCACGUGGAUCAUGUGUUUCUAAAGGACCCCUUUAAGGAUUUCUGACCUCUUGGAAUCUCAUAGUCAAGCAUAUUCAAUUAAAUAUCAAAUAAGAUUGUGUUUGCUCAUUUAACAAGAGAUGACUUGUCUAUGGAUUCAAACUUUAAAAAUAAGAGGCAGGAUGUGAGUUUGCUUUGUAUGCAUAUUUACUGUACAUUUUAAUAAAUGUAAACCUGAUCUAGGAAACGAACAUUCUGAUCAGUUGCUUUUGUAGAUUGUUUGACUCCUAAAACCCUUUGACUACAUAAA